AUGGUGAAAACAAUUGAAGAAAUUAGGAAAGAAAUAGAAAAAAUAAUCGAAGGAAUAAGCAUUAAGGAAAUUCGGACAAAAGUAUAUAAAAAACGACGAUGGUUUAGAGGCAGCACAAACGUUGAUCCUGAAAAUAAUUAUUGGAAAGAUUUAGAAGACAAAUUAGAAGAUCCAUCAACAAAAAAAUUAAUUAGGAGCAUUAGAAACCUCGCCGAAGAUGAGUUAGUGGAAUAUGAUGAAAGAAUAAAUCAGAUUUUAAAUUUAUUGGGUUAUGAAGAACAAUUUCCAGAUUUUGAGGGCAUAAAUAAUCCUGAUGUUCACGCUCUUCCUGGCGAAGAAAAGAUAUAUUGA